AUGACAUACAUGCAUUAUGGAGUCAUUGUGACUGAGAUCUCCACUUUGCCAAGCUACUUUGACCAGAACUUCCUCAUGGUGGACAAAGAAGGUAAAAAGUAUGUCCUGAAGAUCAUGAACUCAGAGGAGAGUAAGAACACCACCCUGCUGGGGCUGCAGACCUUCGCCAUGUCCUUUCUAAGCUGGCACAGAGUUCCUGCUCAAACAGCUCUCCCCACCAAAACAGGGCAGCUCAUGACUCUGGAGGAAGCAGGUGAUAACAGAUUUUUGUUGUAGUUUGUUUCUACCAGUUAAUCUUAAGAGCAUUUUCAUAAUCAGACUAUUGGCAAACCUAAUGGCUGAGAUGGACCAAUCAUUUAUAGAGGAAAGUUUUAGUUAAUCACUCUGACAAAACAACAGGCAAAGUUGAUUUUUCUGCUUUUCUGUCUUUUGUCCUGAUAAGAAUUGAACUUGAAAAGAUGUUGUGCUGCUACCCUGGACUUUAAAAGGCACGUAUGUUUUUGCUGGAAAACAGUGAUGGCCUCAGGCAAAACUAAAAGAGGCCACAGAUUAAGCACAUGUGGAAUUUCUGCUCAUGCACACACCUGUUUAAGGGUCGUGGCGUUCAACUUCACUUGUAUCCUGUUAAGUUUAUUUGUUUAGACUUUGUUUUGACCUAAGAUAGAGUUUAAAGUUAUAAUGCACACAGAUUAGUGUAAGGUUAAAAGCUGCUUUGAUGAAAGAUCUUUUCAAGCACUGACUAUUGAUUCAAGUUUAGGAAGGAAUAAAUUGAGCUCUCAGAGAGACCUGACCGUUAACUCAAUGGGACGUGAAAAAGGCCUGAUGGAUUUUGCAAGUUAAGCAAAGACUGCACAACAUGCAGUUAUGUUGUCAUUUUCGGAUGCUGUUUUUGCUGUGGGCAAUGGCCUGGAGAAAUUCAAUCAGACUGGCAAUGCAGGAAUGCUCACAACAUGACAGACCAGAUCUCAGGUCCUACCGGUUAAAAACGGCUUUUAGGGAACAAGGAAAUAAAUCCUUGAGGGUUUUAAAUCUUUUUCAUUUAGAUGAACUUAAUGCUGAUUGAUUUUAUUUUAAAAGCUGAGGUAUAAAGCUACAAAAAUCAUAUUUUAUCUGCCUUUCUUGUGUUAGACAACGGACACAGUCCCCAGACUUACUGUGUGAGGUUGAUGACCUAUCUCCCAGGACAAACCAUCGCAAAAUCUCCAGUCAAAACACAAGAUCUCUAUUAUGUUGGCAAGCUGGUCGCCACCAUCGACAUGACAUUGCAACAGGUAAGGUCAAAAGUCAAACUCAUCAUCAUGUUUUAGCUUAAACCCAUCUGCUGCAUACGGAUGAUGCAGACGCACUUAUGCAAAUACUUCAUGUUGUGUUUUGACAGGUCCUGUUCGCCACAUUCUCUAUAACAGCUGUUAUCUGACAGACGUGUGAAUGAGGCUGACUAUGUUGACAACAAAAUGUCUAUUUAGUUUAAAAGUGUCAAGAAUUUGUGUGUAAUAAAACAACAACAAAAUACUGAAAUACUGAAACUUUUUUCAGCUGGUGUCCCCAAACCUGGAUGUCCUAAAAAAGGAUGGAGAACUCUGGAGUUUUCCCAAUUUUCAUCUCCUGGAGGGUUACCUGUCGGUGAUGGAUGGAGAUCCCCUGCAGGAUAUCGUCAAAGCAGUCCUAGACCAGUAUAAAUCGAAUGUGCAGCCCAAAAUCAGCUCUUUCCAAAAAGGUAACAGAAGCUCCAUGUUCCUCUGGAUCUGUUUUCUUUUUAUUCAAUGUUCAAUCAAUCCAUUCUAAUUUAUAACCCCAAAUUACAACAAAUGCUGUCUUUUAUAGACAAUCAUUAAGUGUCUUUAUAUCAUCAUCAAGAUAUCAAAAUAACUAUCUCAUCCUGUCUUAUGAUUAGAUUUUAUCUUGUCCAAGUACACCACAAGAGGAGCUCUUUAUAGCAUUUGACAUGUUGUAGUGUCCAGGAAAAACAUUAUUUUGGAGGCAGAAACCUCGAGCAGAACUAGAUUCAUGUUGGCCAACCAUCUGCCCUGCCCGUGCUGGAAAUGUAAGACUUUGUUUAUGAUAAUUCUUGUUCAGUUAAAUUAUUUUUUUUCAGCAGACAGUUAAACCACCACCAAUAUACUUUAGGAUUUCUGUUAUCCUGGAUUAUUUAUUACUUAUUAUCUACCUUAUUUAUUGUAAGGUUUAUGGCAGCACUUCUGCAGUUUCUCCCUUUUUUAUAUUUUUUUACCUGGGCAUUAAUAAAUUUGCAUAAUUCAUAUCUUCCAAAGGAGUAUAUGAAUAGGAUUUGUACAUGUGCAAACAUAGAUGUUUAUUUCUGGGAUUCAUAAAAACAUGGAAAAAUAGAAAUAAAAGAAAACUACAACUGUACAUAGAGACAAAAAGAGAAAACAUAGAGCCAAUGUGAUCUUAAUUUUCUUUACAUGUCUUCAUUUAUUCAUGUAUACUUAAAUUAUUAAUAUCAUAAUUAUUGUUAGUAUAAUCAUUAUAACUUUUGUGAUCAAGAAAAAUAAUAACAACAGUGAAAAAACUCCAUGUCUCUGUCCUUACCACGUGUUUCUAACAAUGUCAGUUUAAAAGUACAUACUAAAUUUCUAAAAUCAAUACACCAAAGAAACAUGCAGCAUAAAUGCAACAAAAAUACCUUCAUAUGCAGUGGUAGUGGUCCAGUCCUGUAGGGGUGCUUGUUGGAGCAGCUUCAUUCUGGACAGGAGGGACACCAGGUGCAGAAUUUGUUCAUUAGUAGACUUGAUAGUUCUAGAUCAGUUGUUCUCGAUUGGUCGAGCCUCAGAACCCUCCACCACCUGCUCAAUGACGACUGGGAUCCAAAUUUAGAACAUUUGUUUUGUGAAGGUGGGUGAUAACCAGCCAUCUUUUUUCAACAACAAAUGGGCCAUUUUUAUUGAUGUCCUGGCUACCCAGGGCGUCAUUACGCUGUCCUGAGUUAUCUGCAGAUAUUUUAUCUCACGCUACUGGGAUGGAGAAAAAAUUGGUCAUGGCUUCAUGUCUUGACUUUGGCAGUAACUUUAGGAGCAAUAUUCUAAAUAUAAGGAGAGAGUACUCUUGCAUAUGCACAAAUGAUAGGUAUCUUAAGAUAAUCAAAGAUCUGUGAUUUAUCUAUAGAGAAUAAUAGGACAGUGGAAUUACUUCACCCAAGUGCACAGAAUAUUAAUACAGUUUUACCCCUACUUUACAUCCUUGAUUUCUUCUUCGCAGGAAUAAUUCACGGGGACUUGAGUGACCAGAACAUCCUUGUCACACCUGAUGACAGCGGGCAUCAUGUGGUUUCAGGCGUCCUUGACUUUUCUAUGCUCAUGAACGGAUGUCUUGUGUUUGAACUGGCAAUAUCCAUCAUGUAUUUGAUGCUGGAGGACCCCCAUCCAUUGGAUGUAGGUGGAGCAGUGCUGGCAGGCUGGGAGAGCAUCAUGCUGCUCAACAGUGAUGAGAAGGAUUCCCUCUUCCUGCUGGUGCUUGCUCGUCUCUGCCAGUCUCUGGUUUAUGGAAGGUACAAUGCCAGAAAAUACCCAGACAACCAGGAGUAUCUUCUGACUACUGCCAAAAGCGGGUCCAGGCUUCUCUUCCAACUCUGGGAGAUGGGCAAAAGAGAAGUAGAGAGGAAAUGGUUCACCGACGCAACCAUGUAUGAAGACAAGAUAUAA